GCAGUGUGACAGGCUCCUUUAAGUGAAACCCACUGAUGGGUGGGCGAAGCUCCACCUCUAACCGCAGGACCAAAAAACACAGGAAAUGUAUUUCUCUCAGCUAUUGUUCACUGGAAGAGAGGCUCCAACUGAGAGGAAAGGGGAAAUAAUUCUUCACAGCAGAAGUAAACGUAACACAGCAUCGUAAUCCUGCAUUUCAACCUGCCUUUGACUGAAGAAAAACAAGCAAAGAGAAAGUGAAGUUGAACUUCCUCCUUUCAUGCUCUGCGCUGUAGCUUUUUACUUUCAACUGAGAACGAGAGAAUGGCUUAUAAUCCAGAGAAGGACCUGUCCUGUCCUAUCUGCCACGACAUCUUUGAUAUUCCUGUCGUCCUGGCAUGCAGCCACAGCUUCUGUAAAACCUGUGUGGAGACCUGGUGGAGAGACAAACCCAUAAAAGAAUGUCCGGUUUGUAAGGAAAGACCUUUGCUGGGUGAGCCACCGGUUAGUUCAGCCUUAAAGAACCUGUGUGAGGCCUUCUUACAAAAGAAAGAUCAAAAUGCUUCUGCAUUCUCUGAAACUGUUUGCAGUUUGCACCAUGAGAAACUGAGAGUCUUCUGUUUGAAUCAUCAGCAGCCAGCGUGCCUCGUCUGUCGAGAUUCAAAAAUACAUCUCGGCCACAGCUUCAGACCCGUUAACGAAGCUGCAGAAGAUCACAGAAAGGAUCUCAAGGAAUCCUUGAAACCUUUACAGGAGAAACUGAAAGUGUUUGAAGAAGUUAAAGAAAAGUUUGAUGAAACAGCAGAAUACAUUAGGGUCCAGGCCCAGCAGGCAGAGAAACAAAUUAAGGAGGAGUUUAAGAAGUUGCAUCAGUUUCUACAAGAUGAAGAGGAGGCCAGAAUCACUGCUUUAAAAGAGGAAGAAGAGCAGAAGAGUCAAAUGAUGAAGGGAAAGAUUGAAAGUCUGAGCAGAGAGAUAGCCGCUCUUUCAGAAAUAAUCAGAGCCACAGAAGAGGAGCUGAGAGCUGAAGAUGUCUCGUUCCUGCAGAACUACAACGAUGCAGUGGAAUUAAUCCAGCAGUGCCCUCUGUUGGAUGAUCCAGAGCUGGCCACAGGAGCUCUGAUAGAUAUGGCCAAACACCUGGGCAACCUAACCUACAACAUCUGGAAUGAGAUGAAGGCGAUAGUCUCCUACUUUCCUGUGAUUCUGGAUCCAAACACAGCUCAUCCAGAGCUCAUCCUAUCAGAAGAUCUGACUGGCGUAAGAGCUGUUGAGGGGCAUCAGCUUCCUGACAAUCCGGAGAGGUUUGGCUGCUAUUGCAUUGUCCUGGGCUCUGAGGGCUUUGACUCAGGCACCCACAGCUGGGAUGUUGAGGUUAGAGACUCUACAGGCUGGGUCUUGGGUGUAGCAGCAGAGUCUGUACAAAGAAAGAGUGAAAUAAAAUCUGGACUUUGGCGGAUAAUUGGGCUAACUGAAGAUAAAUAUGGAGCAUGCUCCCCAUCACAACACACCUUUAUUCACCCACUGAAGGAGUUCCAGCGGAUCAGAGUUCAUCUGAACUGGGACGAAGGAAAGCUGUCAUUCUCUGAUCUCGAUACUGACACACACAUACACACCUUCAUACACACUUUCACGGAGAAGCUGUUUCCAUACUUCAUCAAUAAGAAAGAACACCAGCUAAAAAUACUUCCGCUGAAGGUUUCUGCAACAGUAAAACUGCUUAAUCAAUGAAAAUGAUGGGAUUAUCAAAUACUAUAGGUCAUUUUAUUUACCUAUUCAAAGAUCUUUUCUUUGUUCUUGACUUCUGAUGAAGCUAAUAUUGAAAGCAUGCUAAUGUUACUUAAACGACACAUGCUUAAGAUUUUGUACUGAGUUUGAUUAGGUCAGAUCAUUUUGUAUGGUAUGUUAGGCUGGGAAAGAAAAAAACGUCUGAGUUGAAUAUGAUGUCAAUUACUAUAAUGGACAUUUCACAAUAAAAUUCACAUCAUGUAAAUAUAUUUCUUUCAGUAAUGUUGUAUCUAAUGUACGUUAAUGUAAGCGACUAGCUUAUUUGGAUUUUGGUAUGUAUGCCUUCUGGUCCACUAGCAUUUUAGAUAGCAGCUAAAUUGCAACGUGCAUGUCUGGUAGCAUUGGCAAUUUUUAAAACAAAAAGUUGGG